GUAGAGAGGAUUGUAGACAAAAGGAAGAACAAGAAGGGCAAAUGGGAGUAUCUCAUCAGGUGGAAAGGCUACGGAAGCAAUGAAGACACCUGGGAACCUGAACAUCAUCUACUACAUUGUGAGGAAUUUAUUGAUGAGUUCAAUGGACUACAUGUUACUAGAGAAAAGCGAUCAAGACAUGGGAAACAGGCUCCUAAGUUUUUACGGGAAAGCCGAGGGUCAUCUCUUGAGAAAAUAUCACAUAGACCUUCUGAAAGUGGGAAGCCUAAAGGGUCAACACACAAAAGGAAGAGAAUUAACCCAUCUCUUCAAAAACAGAAAAGAGGAUACACAGCAAAGCCGGCAUCUGCUAAUGACAGGGCUGCUAAAACUGUGACUUACCGAACUACUCCCAGCGGUUUACAGAUCAUGCCACUGAAAAAGCCACAUAAUGUUCUGCAGAAUGGAGAUGGCAGUCAUGAAAAGGAUUCUAGACAUUUUGGGAAUGGCUCACAACAGCAAAACGCGGAUUUAAAUGAACCUGAAGGAGAACAAAAUUUGCCCAGCAUGUUGGAAGUUAGUAACGAUUCACCUGUUGUGAAUGGAAUUGGUUCUUCUCUGGCCAAUGGAAGCUUGAAUCUACACAGCACUGUGAAAAGGAAACUAGAUGGGGAGAAAGAUUAUGUCUUCGAUAAGAGACUAAGAUACAGCGUGCGUCAAAAUGAAAGUAACUGCCGGUUCAGGGACAUAGUAGUCCGGAAAGAAGAUGGUUUCACACAUAUUUUGCUGUCAAGUCAGACUUCAGAUAACAAUGCACUGACACCAGAGAUCAUGAAGGAAGUUCGGAGAGCAUUGUGCAAUGCAUCAGCUGAUGACAGUAAACUCUUACUUCUCAGCGCAGUGGGAAGUGUAUUCUGUAGUGGCCUAGAUUACUCAUAUUUAAUUGGCAGGUUAUCCAAUGACAGAAGAAAGGAAAGCACUAGGAUUGCAGAAGCUAUAAGGGAUUUUGUAAAAGCUUUUAUUCAGUUUAAGAAGCCCAUUGUGGUUGCUAUCAACGGCCCUGCUCUUGGGUUAGGAGCUUCUAUUUUGCCGCUAUGUGAUAUCGUUUGGGCAAGUGAGAAGGCAUGGUUUCAGACACCAUAUGCAACAAUCCGACUCACUCCAGCUGGCUGCUCAUCAUACACAUUCCCACAAAUUUUGGGGGUUGCACUGGCCAAUGAAAUGUUGUUCUGUGGGAGAAAGCUGACAGCGCAGGAAGCCUGCAGCAGAGGACUAGUGUCACAAGUAUUUUGGCCAACAACGUUUAGCCAAGAAGUGAUGCUACGAGUGAAGGAAAUGGCAUCCUGCAGUGCAGUGGUGUUGGAAGAGUCCAAAUGUCUCGUGCGGAGCUUCCUGAAAUCUGGACUUGAAGAUGUGAAUGAGAAAGAAAAACAGCUGUGGAGCUCUUCCAAAGGACUGGAUUCAUUAUUCAGCUACCUGCAAGACAAAAUAUAUGAAGUCUGA